GCGGAGGAGGAGGAGCAAGUGGAACCAUGUCGAGCGAGGAGAUGCUAUAUGCGCAGGGCGCCAAGAUCUGGGUGCCCCAUGCGGAGCAGGUGUGGGAGAGCGCCACCUUGGAGGAGAGCUACCGCAAGGGCGCCGGCUUCCUGAAGAUCUGCACCGAGUCCGGUAGCCUCAAGGAGGUCAAGCUAAAGGCCGACGGCAGCGACCUGCCGCCCCUGCGCAAUCCGGCCAUCCUGGUGGGACAGAACGACCUCACCACUCUGUCCUACCUGCAUGAGCCGGGGGUGUUGCACAAUCUGCGCGUUCGCUUCUGCGAGCGCCAGAUUAUCUACACCUACUGCGGCAUCAUCCUGGUGGCCAUCAAUCCGUACGCCGAGAUGCCGCUCUACGGGCCGAGCAUCAUCCGUGCCUACCGGGGUCAUGCUAUGGGCGACCUGGAGCCGCACAUCUUUGCUUUGGCCGAGGAGGCGUACACGAAGUUGGAGCGCGAGAACUGCAACCUUAGCAUCAUCGUCAGCGGGGAGUCCGGAGCGGGCAAGACGGUGUCCGCCAAAUACGCCAUGCGGUACUUCGCCGCCGUCGGAGGUUCCGAGUCGGAGACUCAGGUCGAGCGCAAGGUGCUGGCAUCUUCGCCGAUCAUGGAGGCCUUUGGCAACGCCAAGACCACACGAAAUGACAACAGCUCCCGCUUCGGCAAGUUCACCAAGCUGCUGUUCCGCAACCAGAUGGGCGUGAUGUAUCUGCAGGGGGCCACCAUGCACACCUACCUGCUGGAGAAGUCCCGGGUGGUGUACCAGGCGCAGGGGGAGCGCAACUACCACAUAUUCUACCAGCUGUGCGCGGCAAGGUCCAAGUAUCCGGAAUUGGUGCUGGAUCACCAGGACAAGUUCCAGUUCCUCAACAUGGGCGGAGCUCCGGAAAUAGAACGCGUCUCGGAUGCAGACCAGUUCAACGAAACCGUGCAGGCCAUGACCGUUUUGGGCUUCUCCAUCCAGCAGAUAGCGGACAUCGUGAAGAUCCUGGCAGGCAUACUCCACCUGGGCAACAUCCAAGUGUCCAAGAAGUUUAACGAGGGCAGCGAGGAGGAAGACACCGAUUCCUGCGAUAUAUUCCACAACGACAUCCACCUGCAGAUCACCGGCGAUCUGCUGCGGGUGAGCGCCGAGGAUCUGCGACGGUGGCUUUUGAUGCGUAAGAUAGAGUCGGUCAAUGAAUAUGUGCUGAUACCGAAUAGCAUUGAGGCGGCGCAGGCGGCGCGAGACGCUUUGGCCAAGCACAUCUAUGCGAAACUCUUCCAGUACAUCGUCGGUGUGCUGAACAAGAGCCUCAACAACGGUAGCAAACAGUGCAGCUUCAUUGGCGUCCUCGAUAUCUACGGCUUCGAAACGUUCGAGGUGAACUCGUUCGAACAGUUUUGCAUAAACUAUGCGAAUGAGAAGCUGCAGCAGCAGUUCAACCAGCAUGUCUUCAAGCUGGAGCAGGAGGAGUAUCUCAAGGAGGGCAUCACCUGGACGAUGAUUGACUUCUACGACAAUCAGCCGUGCAUUGAUCUAAUUGAAUCUCGACUGGGAGUGCUGGACCUCCUCGAUGAGGAAUGUAGAAUGCCCAAGGGUUCGGACGAAAGCUGGGCUGGCAAGCUCAUCGGCAAAUGCAGUAAAUUUCCGCACUUCGAGAAGCCACGCUUUGGCACCACAAGCUUCUUCAUCAAACAUUUCUCGGACACGGUCGAAUAUGACGUGAACGGAUUCUUGGAAAAGAAUCGUGACACUGUCUCUAAGGAGCUGACCCAAGUGCUGGGCGAGUCCAACAUGUCCCUGGUCAAGCAGGUGAUGACCCUCGAGGAAAUCGACACUUUGAGCGUGGAUUCCGCCAAAUCGUCCACUCUGGGCGGUCGUGUCGUGAUCAGUGCUGGUCGCAAACAGCAGGGAAAUGACACCCGACGAAGAGUGGUACCAUCCAAGCAGCAUAGAAAAACUGUGGGUUCGCAGUUCCAGGAGAGUCUAGCCUCGCUGAUAUCCACGUUACACGCUACAACUCCGCACUAUGUGCGCUGCAUCAAGCCCAACGAUGACAAGAUUGCCUUUAAAUGGGAAACGGCCAAGAUCAUCCAGCAGCUGAGAGCCUGCGGUGUGCUGGAAACGGUGCGCAUCUCUGCAGCGGGAUUCCCCUCGAGAUGGCUCUACCCAGACUUCUAUAUGCGCUACCAGCUGCUGGUCUACCGGUCCAAGCUCGACAAGAACGACAUGAAGCAGUCGUGCCGCAACAUUGUGAUGAAGUGGAUCCAGGACGAGGACAAGUACCGCUUCGGCAACACGCAGAUCUUCUUCCGUGCCGGCCAAGUGGCCUUCCUCGAACAGGUGCGGGCCAAUCUGCGCAAGAAGUACAUCACCAUUGUGCAGUCGGUGGUGCGGCGUUUCAUCUACCGCCGCCGGUUCCUGCGUCUCCAAAUGGUGAUCAGUGGCAUCCAGCGGCAUGCACGCGGCUUCCUCGCCCGCCAGCGUGUCUGGAAGAUGCGCGAGGCUCGGGCGGGCUUGAUCCUGUCGAAAUACGCUCGAGGUUGGUUGUGCCGUCGUCGUUAUUUGCGCCUGCGCCACUCAAUUUCCGGCAUACAGACCUAUGCGCGCGGCAUGAUGGCCCGUAGCAAGUUCCAUGCGAUGCGGGAUCACUACCGGGCGGUUCAGAUCCAGCGUUUCGUCCGCGGAGCCCUGGCGCGGCGAGCUUACCAAAAGCGGCGACGCAACAUUAUCAUUUGCCAGGCGGCGAUUCGCAGGUUCCUGGCCCGCCGCAAGUUCAAACGCAUGAAGGCCGAGGCCAGGACCAUCUCGCACAUAGAAAACAAGUACAUGGGGCUGGAGAACAAGAUUAUAUCCAUGCAGCAGCGCAUCGAUGAGCUGAACCGCGACAACAGUAACUUGAAGCACAAGACUAGCGAGAUCAGCGUAUUGAAAAUGAAGCUUGAACUGAAGAAAACCCUUGAGGUAGAAUUCAAGAAUGUGAAGGCCGCCUGCCAGGACAAGGACAGGCUGAUCGAAGCACUCAACAAGCAGCUGGAGGCUGAGCGGGAUGAGAAGAUGCAGCUGCUCGAGGAGAACGGCCAUGCGCAGGAGGAGUGGAUCAGCCAGAAGCAGACGUGGCGCCUGGAAAACGAGGAGCUGCGCCGCCAGAUUGACGAGAUAAUCGAGAUGGCCAAGAACGCAGAGGUCAGCCAACGCAACCAGGAGGACAGGAUGCUGGCCGAGAUUGACAACAGGGAGCUGAACGAGGCCUACCAGCGGGCGAUCAAGGACAAGGAGGUAAUCGAGACCGAGAACUACGCGCUGAAGGAGGAGCUUAGUCGCUUGACUGCUGGCAACUUUAGUUUGCACGGGCGCAAGGCUAGCAACGCUUCCAGCCAAAACGAGGACGAUGUGGGCUACGCCUCGGCCAAGAACACUCUGGAUAUCAAUCGGCCGCCUGAUCUGCUAAGCAAGAAUUAUUCGUACGACACCACAAGCAUGGUGGUGAAGUUACGCGCCAUUCUCGAGGAGGAGAAGCAGAAGCACAAGAGCCUGCAGGAGCAGUACAUCAAGUUGGCCAGCCGCCACAAGCCCACCGAGGAUUCGUUCCGCGUCUCCGAGCUUGAGGUAGAGAACGAGAAGCUGCGCAGCGAAUACGAUCAGCUGCGAACGAGCAUUAAACACGGUGUUGAGAUCAACGAGCUCAAUGCCCAGCAUGCCGCGCUGCAGGAAGAGGUACGUAGGCGUCGCGAGGAGUGCAUCCAGUUGAAGGCGGUCCUGCUGCAGCAGAGCCAGUCCAUGCGGUCCCUCGAGCCGGAGAGUCUACAGUUGCGGGGCAACGACGUCAACGAGCUGAUGGAGGCCUUCCAUUCCCAGAAGCUCAUCAAUCGUCAACUGGAGUCCGAGCUCAAGGCCAUCACCGAGGAGCACAACAGCAAGCUGGUGGAGAUGACAGGGGAGAUCGAAAGGCUGAGCAUUGAAAAGGAUGAACUGCAGAAGGCAAUCUUCGAGAGCAUCGACGAGUUCGAGGACGCCAAUGUGGACACACUGAAACAGAACGAUCGCUAUCUGCGCCGUGAACUGCAGAAGGCUGUGGCCGAGUUCCUGCUCGUGCAGGAGGAACUGAAGCUGGCGCAUGCCAAGCUGAAGGCCUAUCGUCAGGACGGCGGCCAGUUGGAGCACAAGCUGGAGGAGGAGAUGAGCCGCAACAAGGCCAACGGCACGUCCAGCGACGUGGGCGCCAAUGUGACCAAGCAAAAGUCGCAAAAUCCGCAGGGUCUCAUGAAGUUCCACAGCAGCGAUCUGGAUAAGAUCCUGCAGCGGCUGCUGAGCGCCUUGACUCCACGCACAGUGGUUGGCCUUUUGCCUGGUUUCCCAGCCUAUCUCAUCUUUAUGUGUAUUCGUUAUACCGAUCUGACCAAUGCCGACGAUGAUGUGCGCGAGUUGCUGAGCAAGUUCGUGAUCCAGAUAAAGAAAAUGCAUCGAACGCCUCAUCCGAUUGAGAACCGUGUGAUUUGGCUGGUCAACUCCAUUACACUGCUGAAUCUUCUGAAGCAAUACGGCGAUGUGGAGGAGUACGUGAAGUUCAACACUGAGAAGCAGAAUCAGCAGCAGCUGAAGAACUUCAAUCUGUUUGAGUACCGUCGCGUAAUCCUUGAUCUGAUAGUGAAUCUGUACCAGGCGCUGAUCAUGCAGAUUCAGGGUCUGUUGGACCCAAAAAUAGUGCCAGCGAUUCUGAACAACGAUGAGAUUCAGCGUGGACGGCAGGCGCACGGAAUGCGUAGUCGGGCCCCGUCGAUUGGAUCAUCCUCGUCGCCGGAGCACGGAGGAGGUCCUGCCUGGAAGCAACUGAUCGGCCAGCUGGAGCAUUUCUACAAACAGUUCCAGCACUUUGGCUUGGACAACUGCUAUGCAGAGCAGAUAUUCCAUCAACUACUCUAUUUUAUUUGCGCCGUGGCGCUAAAUUGUCUGAUGCUGAGGGGCGAUAUUUGCAUGUGGGAGACGGGCAUGAUAAUCCGCUAUAAUAUCGGCUGCAUUGAGGAUUGGGUGCGCAGUAAGAAGAUGUCGAACGAUGUGCUGGCUCCGUUGGCGCCUCUGAAUCAGGUUUCCCAACUGCUGCAGUCCCGGAAGAGCGAGCAGGAUGUUCAGACCAUCGUCGAUCUGUGUACUUCGCUGAGCACGGCACAGGUCCUCAAGGUUAUGAAGUCCUACAAGCUGGAUGACUACGAGAGUGAGAUAACGAACGUCUUUUUGGACAAACUAACCAAGGAACUCAAUGCCCGACAAAUGCAAAAGAGCAACAGCGACGAAUUCACCAUCGACCAGAAGUUCAUUCAGCCCUUCAAGGUGGUCUUCAGGUAUAGCGACAUCAAGCUGGAGGAUAUUGAUCUGCCGUCACAUCUUAACCUGGAUGAGUUUCUCACAAAGAUCUGAGCGUUGCGGGGAUGGCCUUUUGUUGGUCGAGAACGUUGCCAUUUAGGAUGACAUGACACACCGCUUUCUUUUUGUGUAUUAUACGAGUAUAACUAUUGUAGAAAUUAAUAUUGUUCUUAUAUUUAGAAAAUCUAUUAGGUAAUGAAACGAUGCUUAGAGCAGUUUUGCCGAAA